GAAGCAGCUAAGCCGGUUGCUUCGGACUCCGCUCCGCUGCAGGGUAUUAUCUAGGCCUAGAUUUCAUUGUGCUCUCGCCCAGGCGGCUCUCUGGGCCCGCCCCGGAAGAGGCGGAGCAUGAGAUGACUAGGCUCUGAUUGGCUGUUCAGAGCAAGGAAGGCUAGGCGCGAGUUUUGGCGUCCCUUGGUUUGGGAGCGGUAGGAUGGCGGCACGGAGAAGUUUGAGAUUCUCGGGGGACCCGGGUGCAAAACGUUCAAAGAACACUCUGGGAAGCACGUAUUCCAGGAAACAGAAUGCUGGUCAAAAGCCCAAGCCUAAGCCCAAGGAUGUGUUUGACUUUUCUCAUCAUUCUGAUGUCUCAGACGUACUGGGAGAACUCGAGGAAGAGGAGGAACCUUAUGAAACCUUCGACCCUCCUUUGCACAGUACUGCUAUCUACACAGAAGAGGAGCUGUCCAAACACUGUGUGCCCUCCACCUCCCCAGCCACCCACAGAGGAAAGGAAGGCAGAAGCUUGAAGCCUUCUGAAAAUGAAGCGAGUGAAAAUGAGUCUAUAAAACUCAGCGCAAAAAAGCCAAAGAGAAAGCUGGAGCCCAUCAGCGGUGAGUCUGACAGCUCUGAAGACGAUGUGAGGAGAAUGGUUUCUCCAGAAGGACGAAGGUCACGACAGCCCCAGGCUGCUCCUGCAGCAUCAUCACUCCCUGAGAGGUCAGCGGAGCAGGUCGCUCCCAGGAGGACGAGACUCCUCAGCACUCAGCCCUCUGCUGUAGAAGAGGCUCCAGCAACCCAAAGUCAGCUGAAAACUCAGAAGAAAGUGAAGCCGUCUCCUGGCAGGAGGAAGAGACCAAGGCACAGAGCCACAGACUCAGAUGCUUCUGAAAGUAUGCAUAUUUGGUGUCUGGAAGGAAAGAGACAGAGUGACAUCAUGGAGUUGGACGUUGUUUUGUCUGUAUUUGAGAAAACUUUCCUGGAGUAUAAGCAAAGAAUAGAAUCUGAAAGUUGUAAUCAAGCCAUCAGCAAAUUUUAUUUUAAAGUUAAAGGAGAACUCAUCAGAAUCCUUAAAGAAGUCCAGAUGUUAAAAGCUCUGAAAAAAAAGAACACCAAGAUAAUUUCCGACAUGGAAAAGAAAAGGCAGCGUUUAAUUGAAGUCCAGGAUGAACUGAUUCGAUUAGAACCACAACUGAAACAACUACAAACAAAAUAUGAUGACCUUAAGGAGAGAAAGUCAUCACUUAAGAAUUCCAAAUAUUUCCUAUCUAACUUAAAACAGCUGUAUCAAGAUUAUUCAAACAUUGAAGAGAAAGGACCAACGGAAAAGGAAAAGUAUGAUUCCUCUAGCCUUCCAGCUCUGUUAUUCAAAGCAAGAAGCAUUCUGGGAGCUGAAAAACACCUGAAAACCAUCAAUUAUCAGCUGGGGAAGCUCCUUGAGCAGGACUGAGAAACUGAAAUGUGCUGCCAUUUCUUCUCCUGACAGCCAGGCCUCUGUGCUGACAUGUGAGGACUACUUACCAGGAUGUACUACCAUUUUGUCAUUCAAACUAAAUUACACCACUGCACUUGUCUAACAGUUCAGAAGGCAUAGCCAUAUUUUUGAGCGUUGUGUUAAUAAAUUUCAGUCUCUUGGCAUGUUAGUCAUCACCAGGCAUAAGAGUUUUAACCUAUGAUAAACUCUUUCAUGAUGUCAGUGCAAAUGCAAGCCUAGAAUAAUUUGGUUAAUUAGGAACGUUUUCUAAAGGAUGUCAAAGAUAAUCUUCAAUAAAUCUGGCUUAGGUAAACAAAAUGAUAGAACAAUUGUUAUAAACAGGUUUAACAAUAAAUUAAUAUAAUUUGAUUUUUGUAUGAUGUUAAAUGCAGGGCCUUGUACAUCUUAGGUUAACAUUGGGCUAUAGUCCCAGCACUAAUUUAACGUGUUAUCAAAUCUCAGGCUUCAGGCAAAUUGUAGCCUUGUUAUGUAUGUUCUAUCCACAGUCAGCUAUUCUGUAAUGCUUCUAUAAUUAGUUCGUCAGGAAUAUCGUCCGCUGAACUCUUGUAACCAAGAAGACUCUUAUCUGCAGCGUCAGCUAAUUCAGCAUCUUCUGUAGCUUCUAAGAAACAGGCAUCAUCUUCGUCAUUCCAUUCAGCAGCCAAAAGCCCACCUGCUGACAAGUUGCAGGAUGGUGGGUUUUGAGAAUCCUUGGUCAGUGAGUUGCUGGUUUCAUCUGUUUCUCCAGAAGUAAAAUCAUCUUCCUUUAUUUUGGAGGGAAGGAGGGCAGAGGAAUAAAGAUUAGUCAGAGUAUGCGGCUUCACCACAAUGUAAGUUCUUAGUAGGAAGAUAGGCAAGCUGGAGACAAACUUGAAAAUACAUUCCUAAAUUAAUGAAAAUCAAUCCCUAGAACCUACAUUAAAAAGCCAGCAUGCAGUCCCUGUGCUAGGGAGGUAGAGACAUAUGGAUGCCUGGAGCCAUCCAGCCCAGUGAGAAGCUGCGUCUCAACAACAACAAAAAAAAACAUCCUGAGGAAUGACACCCAAAGUUAUCCCUCUGGCCUGUAUGUAUGUGUAUACGCACACAGGAGCAUGCAUACACACAUGCAUACAUGAAAGGAAGAUGAAGGAGAAAUGGCAAUGUUAGCAGUUCACAUGAAAGGUACUAUUUCUAUACUGUUAUUUCUUUAAAAAAAUAAAGUUAUGUUCAGAUAAUGGUAAUAUUGUAUACGAAGAAUAUUUUCACUUGGCAUUUUUGAGAUAUUAUUAGAAAAGAAAAAAUUUCGAUUAAAGCUGCACCAAAAUAAACCAAUGGCUGGGAAGGUAGCUCGGGAGAGAGCCCUUGCUUCCCAUGUAUGAGGCCCUAGGUUCAAUUCCUGGCACUGC